UCGCGCUGAGACAGUUCUUUAAAGCAGAGGAUGGUUUGGGAAGCCGCACGCGGAGGUGGAGACGGGCAGCUCUGCGGUAAUGAGAUGAGGGGAGGGUGGAGGAGGGAGGGGGGUCUACUGGCAAAGAUAAACAGCCGAGGAACCUCUGAGCCACACGAACAUGGCGGCUCCAGCUCCGGACGCUCCUGCCGCGCUCCCUCGCUGACCGACCGCGUCCUGCGCCUCGCGCCGCUCAUGGCCGCUCAACUCCCCGGCAGGUGCUGAUAGUUGCUAAAAAUGAGUAGCGGUGAGGGGGACACCUCGGAACCCCCAAGAGGGGACACUCUAAAGAGGAAGGACUGUCAGUCAGAUCUCCUGGGUCCCAGCCCCAAGAGAAGCUUUGAGAAACGCAACAGAGAGCAGGAGAAUAAAUACAUCGAGGAGCUGGCGGAGCUGAUCUUCGCCAACAUCAACGACAUCGACGACCUCAACGUCAAGCCCGACAAAUGUGCCAUUCUCAAAGAGACGGUGAAGCAGAUCAGGCAGAUCAAGGAGCAGGAAAAGACUUCGGUGGCCGAUGCAGAGGAGGUGCAGAAGGCAGACGUCUCCUCCUCAGGCCACGGUGUGAUUGACAAAGAUGCGCUCGGGCCCAUGAUGUUGGAGGCCCUGGACGGCUUCUUCUUCGUCGUCAACAUGGAGGGCAACAUCGUGUUUGUGUCGGAGAACGUCAGCCAGUAUCUGCGCUACCAACAAGACGAGCUGAUGAACACCAGCGUGUACAGCGUGCUGCACGUCGGAGAUCACGCCGAGUUCAUCAAGAACCUGCUGCCCAAGAGCCUGGUCAACCAUCGCAGCAGCGAUUCGUCGCACAGGAACAGCCACACCUUCAACUGCCGCAUGCUGGUAAAGCCGCACGCAGACGGCGACGCCUGCGCAGGCGCAGAGCAGCAAGACGCAGCUCAGCAGAAAUACGAGACCAUGCAGUGUUUCGCCGUGUCCGAACCCAAGUCGAUUAAAGAAGAAGGAGAAGAUUUCCAGUCCUGCCUCAUAUGUGUGGCGAGAAGAGUUCCUGUCAAAGAGCGGCCUGCAGUGCCGCCAUACGAGAGCUUCAGCACCCGGCAGGACCUCCAAGUCUUAAGAAACGGCCAGGCUCUCAGUCCCAUCUACCGAUUCUCCCUGGCAGACGGGACGAUCGUCUCGGCUCAAACCAAGAGUAAACUUUUCCGAUCUCCAACGAACAACGAGCCGCAGCUCUACAUGUCCCUGCACAUCCUGCAGAGGGAGAACAUUGGCGGCGUGCCUGCAGAUGUGUCUGGGAGCCCAGCUGUGGCCAAACCAAUGACCCCGACCAGUGUGAGUUGGCCCUCUCCCUCAGCGGAUGUCACCAGCAACACCCACCACUCCGUAGCAAUGCCUGGCACCCCUGGGCGCGGCUUUGGGUCGGAAUCAGGCCGGGCCGCCACCCCUCAGGGACACUGCCACCCACUCAAGCUGGGCAGCCCGUCCGCCCAGGGGAGCCCGAGCAUCUCCUCGGGGGCCCAUAACGCCAUGCUUUCCCCUCGCCACCGCCAGAGUCCAAGCACGGUGGCCAGCAGCAGCUGCGGCAGCCCUCACCUGCCGCAAAACCCCGCCGCCUCCUACUCUCCCGCCGCCAGCCUCCACUCAUCUCCGUCUGUGUGCAGCAGCACGGGAAACAGCCAAGUCUUUAACUCCCUAAGUGCACUGCAAGUGCUCAGCCAGGGCCACAGGAUCCCCCAGAGACUCGGCGAGGGGGAGCCUCCAGAGUCACCUGACCAGAAGCCGGGGUCUCUUCAAAGCCCCGCUCACAACACCAACGCUGCUAAAAGCAACUCCAACUUAGAGGCUGACCUUCUCCAAUCUUUAGAGGAGCACGAGGAGCUGCUGUUGUCCCAAAACCUGGAUGGAGACGGGAAGGACGGGGAUCCCGACAGCUUGGGAGGCAAUGGAAGCCUCCGGCAUCUGGACGACGCGUCAAACCGUCAUCUCAACACCAAAGGCCACACCAAGCUGCUCCAGCUUCUCACCACCAAGCUGGAACACUCAGAUUCCUGUUCGUCACCAGGACCUCUGGGGGACGACUGCAAGGACCAGCUGGGAGGGGUGGCAGGUGUGGGCGGGCUGGGCCACAACAACCAGUCCACCUCGCUGAAGGAAAAACACAAAAUUCUGCACCGGUUGCUGCAAAACAGCACCUCGCCUGUGGAGCUGGCCAAGCUAACGGCCGAGGCCACUGGGAAGGACCCCGUCGGCUCGGAGUCUGCUUUGGGGGACAGCCUGGCGGCUCUUGGGGAACUCUGCACCAAGCAGGAGCCUGGGAGCCCCAAAAAGAAGGACAACGCAUUGCUGCGCUACCUUCUGGACAGGGACGACAAUGGCAUUCUGGACAAGGAGAUCAAGAUGGAGCCGGCUGAUGGAACGAAGAUGCCCAACAUUAAGAUGGAGAAGCAAGAAGCAGGUUUCAACCUGGCUGAGCAGACCAGCGAGCUGGAGGACCUGCUGGAGAACCUGCAGAGUGGAAACCAGCAGCAGCUGCUCCCCGCUCAGCCUCCAUCCUCUUCAUCGUCCUCCUCGGCGCCGCCUGGCUCCUCUGUGGACAAACAAACCAUCAUCAGUGACAUCCUGCACAUGACGGACAGCAGCAGCUCUCCGAGCCAGCACAGGGCCUACCCCCCCAUGGCCAACACGACGGGCUUCAGUGGGGUCAGGCCCGGUCAGUGUCCGGUCAGGAGCUUGUCUAUGGACGGCAGCAUGGGCCCCAGCCCCGCCAGGCCCUUCACCCCCCAGCACAGGAACAGCGGGCCCUACUCCUUACUGCAGCAGCAGCAGCAGCAGCAGCAAGGCUUGAUGGGUACACACGGCUGCAUGCCUAACCAGGCUGCCAUGACCAACACUGGCAUUCGGGGAUCCAUGCAGCAAGGCUGGGUCUCCCAGGCGCCCAUAAGGGGCUCCACAGGACCCAUGAUGGGUCAGGGCCGCAUGGUUCCCAACAUGAACCCCUCACUUCCUGCUAGAGGAGGCAGUGGUCCCCCGGGUUCCAGAGCCAUGGUCAACAUGCAGAUGAUGGCCAACGACAUGGAGGUGCCCCCCCAUUCCUACCAUCCACAGCAGGCUCCGCCCAAUCAGACCGCGCCGUGGCCAGACCGGAUGAUGAUUGAUCAUUUUGGCAACCAGAGCAGGCCGCCGUACGUGGUUUCUCAGGAGGACGGCAUUGGAAGCUGCGGGGCCGGUCCCGAGGGACAGACGGACGAAGGAGCUCUGCUCAACCAGCUGUGCUCCGUUCUGAAGGACUUUGAGGGUUUGGAGGAGAUCGACAAGAUGCUGGGGAUCCCGACUCUGGCCGGCCAGGGCCCUCUCUCAGAGCAGGACCAGUACCUGGCCUCCCCAGACCCGCCCACAAACCUGAAGCCCCCCCUCUACAGCCAGCACUACAGCGGGCAGCCGGGCUACGGCGGCAUGCCGCCCGAUGGCGGGUACCACGGCUCAGCCAUGAGCGGCCACAUUGGUCCUCAGAGGAUGACGCCCACAGGAUACCCCCCAAUGAUGAGGAUGCCCAGCGGGGCGGGGCCCAGGCCCGCCAGCAUGAGACCCGGGGGACCCACCCCAAUCGUACCAACGCACCCCAACAGCCUGAGGCUCCAGCUGCAGCACCGGCUCCAGAAUCGUCAACCAAUGGUGAACCAGAUGAGCGGAGUUUCCAAUUUGAACCUACCUCUACGACCCAACCUCCCCACCCAGGGAAAUCUCAACGCUCAGAUGUUGGCCCAGCGUCAGCGCGAGUACCUCAACAACCACCUGCGCCAGCGGCAGCAGCACGCGCACCAGCAGCGCGCCAUGAUGAUGCGGACUCAGGGCAUCAACCUCCCCCCCAACAUGCCGGCAGGGGGCUCUGCGCCGCCCUCGAUGCCCAUGGGCGGCGCCAAUGCACGUCUGUCGCAGGGUAACCUGCAGCAGUUCCAGUACCCGGCCUCCAGCUACGGUACAGGCCUGCCCUCUCCUCCACCUCCUCAUCCCGGUUCCUCCAGCCCCUUCUCCUCCCCCCUGUCCCCCAGCCAUCUCCUGGCAAGCCAGGGCAUGAUGGGAAAUCUAAGCGGGCAGUACAGCAGUGUAAUGAGCCCUCCAGCACAGCAAAGUGCCUUCCAGUUCAGCAGUCCAGGAAUGAACCAGCAGCAGCAACACCAGGACCAGGUUUCAUGUUUCCCAUGUGGACCAGCCACACCGCAGAGCCCCCUGCUGUCUCCCAGGAUGGGGCAGGGUCAGAGCCCCAUGCUGCAGCAGAACCAGGGACAAAACCCAGCCCAACUCCAGGCUCCAAACCAGGGAGGACCGCCCAGCUACCAGUCCACUGCAGACCUCAAUGGAUGGACUCAGCCUGCAAGCAUCUCCACCAGCAACAGUGUGUAUUCACAGCAGUCGCAGUACUCCACACAACCCAGCGGAGGAAUGUACAGCAGCAGCAGCAUCAGCCUUGGAGUUUCCAUGGGCAGCGGUGGAGCCGGCAUGAACCCCAUGUCUGGACAGAUGAGCUCCAUGAACGAACAGGUGAAUGACGGCAGCCUGAUCCUGGAACAGCUGGCAGGGAUGGACAUGCUGCCCCAAGAGAACGACGUCAAUUCAAACUUUUGCUGACCUCAGCGUUGACAGAGACGAGGCAGCAACGGAGUCAAUCCAGAAAGACUGACGCUGACUCAGCUCUCAAGGAAGUCGUUGAUGGAAACCCCGUCCUCUGUCACCUCAGCCGGCUCAGUGACACGGGGACAGAGGUCAACCUUGACCCCACAAACUCUCUGUAAUGCAGUCAGACUGGCUCAGAGUCAAUCCAACAUGUGAUGCAAAAGGAAGAAAUAACACGACCAACAACAGGGAAACUGCAAAUCUGAACCAUCCUGUCAAAAAAAUGCACAACUGUAUGAAAAUACAAAGGGGUAAUCUUAUUUCAGGUAUUGCAGUGGCUUGACACUGCCGUAGUAGAUAAUCAACAUAUAUUUAGCUGCCAUUUGUACCACAUAUACUUUGUAUUAAAACAAUCAAGUUACGGUUACCCCAAAGUAAAACUAAGAUCUUAAAACGAAAUACGUACGAUUCAUAUUUAAAUCAAAAUGAUUUCAUUCUUUCUAUAAAAUAUCUUUAACUGAGCUUCUACUCAUGGAGGUUUCUGUUGGCACACGCUAAAGGUUUCCCUCCGAAAACACACAAACCCAACAGCUCUUCUAUUUAUGACAGACAUUUUUGUGCCCAUGUUUGUGUGCGAGUGAGUGUGAAACUGACACAAAAUUAACACUGUAGUGACGAAUGAACAGAAAUCUUUGAAUUUCAUCUGGUGUGGUUCUUUUUUUUGAGCCUGACUGAAGAUGACAAGGAGAAAUUUACUGAAAUAUUUUAGUUAUUUAUAGUUUUCAAGAAGUUUUAGAAAUUAUUUGUAUAAGUAAGGAAAAAGAAAUCAAAUUUUUUCUUGAAGAAAUUCUCAAAUGGUACUUGUUGAUGUUGAUUUUGAAAGUUAAUAUAUUUGAACUGCUGUAGUUCCAGCACACGGGACUUGCGUCCCUAUUUAAUGACUUUUGAAUUAAAGUGAAUGUGUAUAGAUAGUGUAUAUAGAUUUGUAUGAUUCUUUUCUCUCCAGUGGUAUUAUUGAGCAGCAGUUUGAACGUCAAUAAAUAUUUUUAGGAAUCCUAAAGAAAUCACUGGUGAAAUUAUGACCCUUUAACUACUCUUUUUAGCAUUUUACCGCCAUUAGCAUGCUAACCACUGGCAUACUAACUGCUAGCAUAACAUAGAAAGAAAGAGCUCACUUUCUGACAAACGUUAGCCUUGAUAAAUCACGCUAACGACUUUCUUUAAAGUUUUAAAGUGACACAUUCAUGUCUUCAACAUAUUUUUGCCCCCAAAAUAUUCUGUAAAACAUUUUUUUAAGUUAAAUUGGCAUUAGCUGAUCUCUUGAGAUAAAGAAUAGCCACAGCAGAGCUAAUCCUGAUCUCUAGCUAUCAUCUAAUGCACUGCAUUUGUCUAUGUUUAUGUUUUCUGUCACUGGAAACACAAAAAAGACGUUUGCUGUGUUUUAUAAAAUUCAUUUUAAAUAUGGUUUUAAAUGGAGAAUGUGAAGAUGUGUUACAAACAUUCCCCCAAAACUGUUUCCCAAAUUUUGGGGAUUUACAAGCAGACGUAGUAAAAAGAUGAGGAGAUGAUAUUAAAACAUUUUAAGCUAUAAUUAAUUGAACUCCAUGUCAGAGCAAAAAGGCACAAAAGAAAACUUUUCUUCUAAACCCUCAGGUUAAAGCAUGCACAAUUAUUCUCUCAUAUUUCUACUUUUAGUAUUUUUAUAGUCAGAAGUAAGACUUUUAUCUCAAAAUUAUAGUUUUAUAUUUUGUAGAGAUUUGAAAAUAACAAAUAAAUGUCAAAAUAUGAAAUUGAAGUCAAAUGUUUUAAUUGUUUUACUCUCUAAAGCUGCAGAUUAACAGAAAUGUUUGACAUUUUGUUUUGGAAAAAGAAAGUUUUGAAUCUGGGAAUUGAACCCCUGAAGUUAAGUUCCUUGUCUACAAAAAGUAAAAAUGAUGAUAUUGUUCUAAAAAUUCUAAUCAACAUGUAACAACAGUUUCACAUUCUCUUUAAAAACCUUUCUUUACUUUCAAACUUGCAUUUCAGAGGUGCUGCCUUCCACGUUUAAGCUAGAACAGGUAAAUCGUACCUGUGCUUCCCAACACUUUUCUUUAAUGGUGAAGAAUUCCUUUUAGGACAUGCUGUAAAAGGAGGUCAAACUUAAACUCUGUGGGGAAUAUUUAACAUCUAGAUUUUUUUUGCCCGUUUUCUGUUUUGUUUUAACCCAUUUCUACUUCACCGCUUUGUGUAAAAGCUCAGAGAUGGAUCUCUGAGAUGAAACAAGCCAUGACAGAAGUUCUGAAUGUCUAACUCUCAGAUGGAUCCGGGUGGCACUGAACACUCAUGCAGUGACCCCUCAUGUUACUCAGAAAGGUUUAGAUUUUAACUGAUGCAAUAUGGAAAACGUUUUGUACAUUUUCUCAACUUCAGACGACUGCACUUGUAAAUACUUUGAAGACGCUCGGUACAUAGAACGAUGCCUUAGCUCAGCGAUUCUGCGUGGUGUGUUACUAAGUUACGGAUUCACUGUAUGCUGAUGAUGGAAUAAUUACACAAAAAGAGUUUAGGUUUGCUUUUUUUCAGGGGUGAAGUUGUGCAACCUCAGUCAUCUCUUUAAUUUUUUAUUUUAUUUUAUGUUGGUGAGUGCAUCUUUUUCAAAUGACUUUGAAGUUACACUGGUUUGAGAUUAUUUCUGGUUGUUCUGAAGUUCAAAAUGAAACUUUGCUGAACAAAAGAUUAAGUUUUAAAGCUCUUUAUGAAUCCAUUCCAAGAUCUCCCUCCUAGUGCCAGGAGGUUUCCUAGAUUACUCCAAUAGAUAUAAAGUUUUCUCUGAUCCUUUCAAAGAAGAAGUAGAAAUGAAUCAAGAUUUUAUGGUUUAUCUGCUGUUGACUGCAGCUUGCACAAUCCAAGUUUGGAAAAGCUGAAACAAACAUUAGAAUUUUUCCACAGCUUUAUUUUGUCUAUCACUGUCAAAAUUGUGUAGCAAAAACCUUUUUUUAACACAUAUAUUCUGCUUUUUUUCUUUUUUUUUUGAUUGGGCAUAAACACACAGAGCUCGGGGCAUGACAUUAAAAUAAAUACAAAAGAAAUGGUUCCCUCAAAUUAAUGAUCUAUGGCCAAGAAUUAGUAUUUUGUCCAUACAAAUUAGCUUUUAUGUCCACAAAUGAGUAUUUUUGUGUCAUCACCUACAACAAAUUUGUUGAGCACACAAAAUGUCAUUUAGUGUGCACAAAUUAUACAGUUUUUGAGAAGAAUUUGUUUUUGUUUAUUUUGAAUGUCAUGUCCAGGCCUCUCUAUAAACAAUAAUUAGAACAUUAACUUGUAUUUGACUUUAUUGCUCAGAAAUAAAUUCAAAAUUUCAUAAAAACUUAUUUGAAUGACUUCUCAGAAAUGCUGUAUAAAACUAGCGCACUGUCCCUUUUCUUUUUACCUUUGGUGACCAAUUUAUUUUAAGAUAUUUUUAUUAAAGAAAAAACCUGUUUUGGCAUCUUCAGAAAUGGGGUUGAAUCACAAAGAUGUUAGUUGCAUUCAGGCUUUUUGCUGUGAUGUUCACAUUAGAGGUCCCAGCAGUGACUAUCCAGCACAUACGGUUAUUGUCCUCAAGGGUUGAACGAUGAAGACGCUCUCACACUUUAUGCAAGCUGUCGACUGUAAUGUUCCUUUUGCCAAUGCUGCUUGUUAAUUUAUGCCACUGUAAAUAAACUAUUUUUAUUGAA